AUGCCGGCCCGCUGCGUGGCCGCCUACUGCAGCAGCACCACCAGGUCUGGGAAGUCGCUGUUCCGCUUCCCCAAAGACCGGGCCGUGCGGCUGCUGUGGGACCGCCUGGUGCAGGGCUGCCGCGCCGAUUGGUGGGGCAAUGACCGCUCGGUCAUCUGCUCUCACCACUUUGACCCUGCCUGUUUGGUUAUCCAGAACAAACUGCGCUUUUCCCAGCGCCUGAGGCUCGUGGCCGGCACCGUGCCCACCCUGCACCGGGUGUCCGCCCCACCUAAGGGGGAAGAAGAGGAAGACAUAGAGAGCGACCCGGAAAAGGGCGGACAGCUUCAGGCAGCCAGACAUUCUGAGGCUGCCCAGGGUCCAAUAUCCUGUAUGCGCCUCCGAGCCGAGAAGAGAGCUGCAGUUUCACAGGUAAAGAGAGACCUGAGAGUCCACCCAGGGUGA